AUGGCCUCCUUGUGCACGCCCUGUCCCUCGUUGCCUGCCGUUGAUCUCCCGUCUGACGCCCCAGACCACUUACUGUUAUUUAAGCUUUGGAAAAACGCCCAUUCCUCCCAGCCCAGUGUUUCUGGUGAACCCACCCGUGCUGCCAACCGCCACUGGCGUCUUCUCAACGAACGGUUUUUUUGUGAACGUGUCAGGCUGAAGUUCGCCAUGGCUCUCCCGGAAGCGCCGCUUCCCCAUCGGUCCAAAGACUCCCACAAGGCUCCCACGAUAUACGCCUCCGAGGCGCCCAGCCGCCCGUCCUUGUUCCUGAAGGAGCCGAAAAACUAUUCCGAUUCUGGCGACGACACCUCUGAUUUGUCCGAAGACGAUGACUACCACAACUACCAUGGCCUCAGCCUGCUGCAUACCAACUCGGACCAUAGUCGUUCCGAGUCGUGUCGACGGCAACGGCUUCCUCGUCCUUCUGGACCGUGUAGCUCACGCUACUUGGAGCUGACCCUGCUGCAGCUGGACCAGCUGGCGCCGAAAGUCACUCCGCCAGAUCCAAAGAAGAACAUCUUCUUCAUCGAAAACACACCCUCCCCAGCACGCUCCAGCAGUGAUAGCAGAACGCUGGCGUUCCCCUCAGGCGGCACAGGCCACACGCUGGCGACGACUCACGAGAUCUCGAGCUCGCUUCAGGCAAACACAUCUUCUCCAAAAGUCGAGGGCCAGCCAGAGGAAACAAAAGCUGACCUAGCUCCGCCGCUAAGCCAGCUAAAGGCGCCAUUUCAGCGCCAGGAUUCGCUCUUCUCGGCCCAGAACCUCCGCAGAGCUUCUCCAGAUGACGUAUCCAGUGUUUCUUCCUCUGAGCUUUCUGAAGACGAGGAAAGAGACGAUUUGCAUGAGCUUCGUGUGCGCCAGCCGUCCACAGUGUCCAAGCUGAGCCGCUCCAUGAAGUCUGAUAACGAGAGCGAGUGGAUCUCAAUAUCGUCCGAGGACGAGAAGAACCUCCAGGGUCUGCCCACCAAACCACUCACUUUCGCCAAGGUGACGCCCAUGCCUGUUCCAGGUGCCCGCUCGUCGCCAGGCGAUGCUGCUGAUUUGUCUACAGAGACCGUGAAGCCAUCGCCCCUCGCAAAACCUCGGUCGCUUUUGUCUGGCUUGUUCUUGAACUCCAUGGCUGAGAAGCCCACUUCUCUCAAUGAGGAGUCUCUUGCAGCGCCUAAACCCGUGCUCAAGAGGUCCUCCACUACGGGCGUCAUCACCAUCGACAAGGCUAACGCCAGUGCCUCUUCGAAUACCAAGGAUAAGAAGCAGCUACUCCGUCCAUCUAUCAUGUUCUCCAAGCGGUAUGCAUCCUACUCCGAUAUCUCCAAGCUGUCGCAGCGUUCGCCUGUUCUUUUUGUUGAGGAGGAGGAUUCUGCCACGGACGCAAACGCCAAAGAUAGUUCAGGUGCUCUAUUCGCCAAGCAGACCUCCAGUGUUGGUCUUCUGAACUUCAUGGUGAACGCCAACUCGACCACAAACCUCAGCAGCCUCAGCAUCAGCGAAGCCUCUGCUCCGAAGUCUUGCGAGAACUGCGAGUGUACCAUAUCAUCCAGCUUGAGCAAAUACUCCAACGUUCACCCUCACGGCAGCUCUCUCAAGAACUUCCUCUCUAAGAGUUCCCUCAGUCUCACGUCGCUCUUUGGCCAGUCCAAACACGACCGCAGACUUAGACCAGGCGGCCACAGAACCGUUUCCAACGACAGCUUGAAGGCUCUGAAGGACUCUGUCAGUGACAAGUCCGCCACUUCUGGAACCUCGGCUCCAUUGCCAGAGGAAUCGGAGGAGCCACCAAUGUUGAGCAAGUCUGUGAAGACUCUGUCGAUCCCUACCAAAACUUUCGAGCCUUCAGUCGAAGUGAGUGGCUCCCUCAAGGACUCACUUCUCAUAGACCACAGACUUGGGAAAGUGCCGCUACCUGAGCGGGUGAUCAGCGAGGAGGAUUUAUUUGGGGGCCAGGAAAGAUUGAUGUUUGAGGAUGACAACGACGACUAUCAUUCCAAAGGCUGGUAA